AUGGGCCAUCCCGCCGUCCCCCGGGACACCUGGCGGGCCACGCCCGCCCGUCCCGGGACACCCUGGCGGGCCUGCCCCCCGUCCGGGACCGGAGUGCCUGGGCCCACCCCUGGGGCGGGCCAUCGCCCGGGCGUCCCGACACAUGGGCCAUCCCGGGACCCACCUGGGCCGCCCAUGCCCGUCCCGUACACCUGGCCCGGGACCACCGCCCGCCCGUCCCGGGACACCUGGGCGGGCCUCGCCCGCCCGUCCCGGCACACCUGGCGGGUCUUCGCCCGCCCCGUUCCCGGCACACCCUGCGGGCCCACGCCCGCCCGUCCCGGCACACCUGGCACGCCCCACCCCGCCUGCCCGUCCCGGACACCUGGCGGGCCCUCGCCCGCCCGUCCCGGGUCCACCUGGCUGCCUGCCCGCCCGUCCCGGGACACCCGGCGGGCCCGGGCCGCCCGCGCCGUCCCGGGACAACCUGGCGGGCAUCGCCCCCACCCGUCCCGGGUCACCUGGCGGGGCCCUAGCCCGCCCGUCCCGGGACACCUGGCGGGCCACCGCGCCCCUCCGUCGUGGGACACCUGGCGGGCCUCGCCCGCCUCCCGGGACACCUGGCGGGCACCCGCCACCGUCCCGGAACACCUGGCGGGCCUCCCGCCCGCCCGUCCCGGGACACCUGGCGGGCCAACGCCUCGGCCCGCCAGUCCCGGGACACCUGGCGGGCCUCGCCCGCCUGUCCCGGGACACCUGGCGGGCCGCGCCCGCCCGUCCCGGGACACCUGGCGGGCACGGCCCGCCCGUCCCGGGACACCUGGCGCCUCGCCCGCCCGUCCCGGCACACCUGGCGGGCUUCGCCCGCCCGUCCCGGCACACUUGCGGGCCACGCCCGCCCGUCCCGGCACACCUGGCGGGCCACGCCCGCCCGUACGCCCGGGGGGACACCUGGCGGGCCUCGCCCGCGCCGUCCCGGGUCACCUGGCGGGGCCUAGCCCGCCCGUCCCGGGACACACCCCGGCGGGCCUCGCCCGCCCCAUCCCGGACACCUGGCGGGCAUCGCCCGCCCGUCCCGGAUCACCUGGCGGGCCUAGCCCCCCACGCCCGUCCCGGGACACCUGGCGGGCCAACGCCAGCCCGUCGUGCGGGACACCUGGCGGGGCCUCGCCCCCCGCCCCCAGUCAGCCCGGGUACAACCUUGGCGGGCACGCCCGCCCGUCCCUGGCCGACCUACCGGCCUCGGGCCCGCCCCACCCCCGUACCCGGGAACAAGCCUAG